UGAAUCUCCUGAUUGGCUCGUCCCGUCCCGUUCCGUAACGUCGCGGCCGCGCGCCCCGCCCCCGACCGCGCGCGCCUGCGCAGAGCGUAGCGGGAGGGCAGAAAGCGCGCAGUCACUGCGGCGGGGAGGGGGAGCGGCCCGCGCAGGCAGUUAGAAAGCCCGCCAAAUGCUCUUUCCGCCGGCGAGGCCCCGGGGGGAGGAGAGGGAAGGGGAUAGCACUGAGCCCCCCCCCCAGGGAGGAAGAGGAAGCGCAGCCCGGCGGACCCCGCCUUCCUCCCCACGCCAAUGCCCGAGCUCCACGCGCCUUUCUGCCCAGCCCUCCGCCCCUCCUCGAUCACAGGGGUGCUCCUGUUCCCAUUUGCCUCUGUGUCCCCGGCCACCUCAGAUUCCCCCCACUUCCCGCCGUCCCUGUCUUUAGCUCGGGGAACUCGGGCCCACUCGCCCCCACGGGCCGAGACACGCGCUCGCCCCCGUGCGCAGGCGUAUUCCCCGCCACCAGGGACUACAUUUCCCGGCGGGUGCUGCGCCUACCCUGCGGUCAGCUGACCGGUCUCGUGAUCUUCUGACUGUCAGGGGGUUCGGCUGGAGGAAGAGAGGUGACUGACUGCCCUGGGUCGCUGCUGAUCCCCGACCAAGCGGAGCCAAAAUGUCCCCGGAAUCUAAAAAGCUUUUCAACAUCGUUAUUUUAGGAGUUGCCUUUAUGUUUAUGUUCACCGCCUUUCAAACUUGUGGAAAUGUAGCGCAAACUGUCAUCAGGAGCUUAAAUAGCACAGAUUUUCAUGGCAGUGGAUAUACCAGUUUGGCAAUUAUCUACGGCGUUUUCUCUGCUUCCAAUUUGAUCACUCCGUCCGUGGUCGCCAUCGUAGGACCUCAGAUCUCUAUGUUUGUCAGUGGCCUGUUUUACAGCAUGUACAUUGCCGUUUUUAUCCAGCCUUUCCCAUGGUCCUUCUACACGGCGUCUGUUUUCAUUGGAAUCGCGGCUGCUGUGCUUUGGACAGCACAAGGAAAUUGCCUGACAAUAAAUUCCGAUGAGCACACGAUCGGGAGAAACAGCGGGAUUUUCUGGGCACUCUUACAGUCUAGCUUGUUCUUUGGAAAUCUCUACAUAUAUUUUGCCUGGCAAGGGAAGACUCAGAUUUCAGAGAACGACCGGAGGACGGUGUUCAUUGCCCUGACGGUGAUAAGCCUCGUGGGGACAGUUCUGUUCUUUCUCAUUCGGAAACCAGACCCUGAGAAUGUCUUUGGAGAAGAAGAGUCUUGCGAUGACCAGGACAUGGAAGCCCCUGAGUCUGCCCAGAACAACGUGACAAAGGCAGUAGAUGCGUUUAAAAAGUCUCUGAAGUUGUGUGUCACCAAGGAGAUGCUCCUUCUGAGCAUUACGACUGCCUACACAGGUCUGGAGCUGACGUUCUUCUCAGGGGUGUAUGGGACCUGUAUUGGGGCUGUAAACAAAUUUGGGACAGAAGAGAAAAGCCUCAUUGGACUCUCUGGAAUUUUCAUCGGCAUUGGAGAAAUUUUAGGUGGAAGCCUCUUCGGCCUGCUGAGCAAGAACAAUCGCUUUGGCAGAAAUCCAGUCGUGCUGCUGGGCGCCCUGGUGCACUUUGUAGCCUUUUACUUGAUCUUUCUCAACAUGCCUGGAGAUGCGCCCAUUGCCCCCGUGGAAGGAACUGACAGCAGCGCCUACAUCACACCCAGCAAAGAAGUUGCCAUUCUCUGCAGUUUUCUGCUGGGCCUGGGAGACAGCUGCUUCAACACCCAACUGCUUAGCAUUUUGGGUUUUCUCUACUCAGAAGACAGUGCGCCAGCCUUCGCCGUCUUUAAGUUUGUCCAGUCGAUCUGCGCAGCUGUGGCGUUCUUCUACAGCAACUACCUCCUCCUCCACUGGCAGCUCCUGGUCAUGGUGAUAUUUGGGUUUUUUGGAACCAUCUCAUUCUUCACCGUGGAGUGGGACGCUGCUGCCAUUGUGGCCCAAGGCUCUGACUACCGAAGUAUUUGAUGAGGCCCAUGUCUCCAGGAAGCACAGCUGGUCACACCGCAGAGCUGGUUCAAGUGGCUGCCUGUCGGUGUCGAAACUGUUGGAUGAUGCUGAGUAUGGAAAGGGAAAGAAUCAAUGCUGUCAGUUGGGCGGUUUAAAGCUGGAGGGCUGAAGGAAUCCUGUCAGUUACAGCCCUCCCGGGUGUUUGUCCACCCACCGUCCUUGGAUCCUUACAGUCACAUCUCCCUCAUCCUCGUUCUCCUGGGAAGAUCCUGCCUUGGUCGCCGUGUGUCGCUCAGGAUUCUUGUGACUGUGGAAUGUGUUCACUGCCUAGGAACAGGAAGCAGGUGCCACUCCACGUGUGGAUCUGGGACUGACUUCCAUAUAGAGAGUGAGGAUGCAGACACCGCUGUCUUGAGAUAGAGUCUCACUGUGUAGCCCAGGCUGGCCUUGGACUUGCAGCCCUCCCCUGCCUCCGGUGUCGGGUUAUAGAGUGUGCCCAGCACAUGGUUUAAAAUGCACCUGUUUGACAUAGGGUCUUUUUUGUUUGGUUUGGUUUUUCGAGACAGGGUUUCUCUGUAGCUUUGAAGCCUGUCCUCUUGUAGACCAGGCUGGCCUCGAACUCACAGAGAUCCACCUGCCUCUGCCUCCUGAGUGCUGGGAUUAAAGGUGUGCGCCACCACUGCCCAGCUUGACAUAGGAUCUUGAUAUUCAGCUCUUGCUGGCCUGGACUUUGUACACCGACAAUACUCCUGCCUUCGUCUCUAGAUUGCUGGGGUGGUGAGAAUAUGUCACCACACACACUCAGCGUGAGACUUUAGCUUCUCUUGAAAUGCUGUGUUGCACAGGUCCUCUUACCCUGCCAUUCCUAGCAAGGAGUGGCCAGUUACAUGUUCUGAAAUGAAGUAAAGACUCUGCCAUUUGUCAAUCACAAAAGCAGUAAAGAGAAGUGAAGAAUAUUUACUGGGGGACCUUUGCUACGGUCUUCCUGACAGUUACAAUAAAUAAAAACCCAUCCUCCUAGUGCAUCUGAAAGAAUGUUUUGAGUACUGUUGACUGCCUUUCAUAAGAGCUGACGCUUUUACAACUGAGAUAUUAAAAAAGCUUCCAUAUGUGGUCUGUGUACUCCAGGUUGGCCUCCAACU